AAUUAAUAUAAGUUCCAUACUGAAACAUUUCUGAAAUGUCGCUUUCAAAGAAACCUCCACUAUACUACUUUGGAUUUAUAUCAAUAUGGACAUUACUUUUACUUGGAGUAAACGGACAACUAAGAGUAUGUAGGAACAGAACAGCGGAUGUUUAUGACGUCACAUUCACUCUAUCGACUGACGUCCACGUAGAAAUCACAGGACCGAAGAGUCUGCAGUUGUACGCUGAUGUUGCCUGGGUUGCAAGUAUACCAAACAAUGUCCAACUUGAUGGGUUUGCUGUUCAUCUCCUUGACACAGAAACAAAGAGAAAUCAUUCUAUCACUUCUCAUUCAAUUGAACCUGUAUCGGCCUGUCAUUCGGGAGAAAACCAUAUGUGGAUUUCAACGACAGAGACCAGCGUAUGCGACACGAACGAUACUAUACCUGAAUGCGCCAAACAGCUUUUGACACAAGAAAAUACAAAUGUAUGUUUGUGCCCGCAACCUGAAUGCGGGCUCUUCUAUCCCGUGCAGUGCAAGUCAACCACCGAUCUAUUGGGACCGGAUAAUAAUUAUCAUUUAACCGUUUUACCGACAACGAGUAACCUCUCUUUUCCUAUCAAUUUCGACACGGAAUACGAGUUUUCUAUCAGUCCGUAUUACAGGGAGUUUGCUAAUUUGUCACCAUACACUACGAUAAUACACGAGAUAUCGACGUGUCAUCCAGCAGUUUUGGAAGCCAUAGGUCAGUCUGCGAUUGGAUCGUCAUGUAUGGAAAUAACAUGGACACCAGUGCCGGACGUUCUCGAGUAUUUGGUUGAAGUCAGCAUCGGUCCUGCAAACGUCACCAAUAUAAUUACGUCACUAACUACGUCAGAUGCAACAGCUAAGAUAUGUGGACUCAAUGUGUGUGUGUCUUACACCGUCACUGUAUCCUACUUCAUAGGCGAAGUGAAGAAUGUGCUUCAGGAACCGUCAACUCAUGUUAUUCCAUUAAUCCUUCCCACACCAGACGAAACAACGACCUCUAGUGAGACUACUGCGCCUCCAACAUCAAGCCCGACAACUACAGGUAGUACUUGUACCGAAACGCAAUGCGCUCAAAAUGGAGAUUGUCAAGACCUCGGGAACGGGAAUUUUGGAUGCGUUUGCGUGCUGGGAUACACUGGUGAUGGCCUGACUUGUACAGACAUUUCAGAAUGCGAUUUUGACAUUGACAACUGCAGUCCGUUCGCUUCUUGCUUCAAUUUCGCUGGAUCCUACGACUGUCAAUGCAAUGCAGGAUAUUUUGGGAAUGGAUCUGUAUGUGAAGAUGUGGACGAGUGUCAAACCCAGAACCCUUGCACUGAAGAUAAUCAAGUUUGUGUCAAUACACAAGGAUUUUAUAGAUGUGAUUGUGAACAAGGAUACACAUGGAAUGAAACGACUUGUAACGAUGUGGAUGAGUGUCAAUCCAAGAAUUCUUGCGCUGGGGACCAACAAGUUUGCAUCAAUAGCCAGGGAUCUUAUGGAUGCGCUUGCGAACAAGGAUACACAUGGAAAGCAACGUUUUGUGCAGAUGUUGAUGAAUGUGCAGAUGGAACACAUGGAUGCGAUCAAGAGGCUGGUUGCACCAAUACUGAAGGAAGUUACACAUGUACUUGCAAAUCUGGUUUUUCCGGUGACGGGAGGACUUGCAAAGAUGUAAAUGAAUGUGUUGAUGGAACACACGAUUGUGAUCGGGAAGCGAAUUGUACAAAUACUGAAGGAAGUCACACAUGCAGAUGCAAACCUGGUUUAGUUGGAGAUGGAAAGAACUGCAGAGAUCCUCUCUGUCCUGCUAUAAAAGAUGAGGAUGUGGCUUUCUGCGUCCAGGAGUGUGAUACGUCAUCAGAUUGUAGGGCAGGGGAAUAUUGUUGUUAUAACGGUUGUGGGAGAGUUUGCAUUACGUUUCAAGACCCUCGUUGUCCAACCAUCUUAGAUGGAGGUGCAGUCUGCGUCGAUGAAUGCAUGGAUUCAGAACGGACAGGUUGCAGUGAGAAUGAGAUAUGCUGCUAUAAUGGUUGUGGAAGGCUGUGCUUCCCAGUAGAAAUGGAAGGAUCAUGUGAUCUUCAAGAUAUUGAUGGCUUCACUUUCCCUGCAUCAUUCCCUGGUUUGGUGUCAUAUUCUGAACAGAUGUGUGAAGAUACUAGCAGACCAAUCGCAUCAGUCUCAUGUGUGUCAACUUCAACAAAUUCCUCAAGGUUUGAUCCUGACACGUUGGUCCGUACCGACUGCAGAGAGACAAUUAAGGAUUUGACAUCGCAGCCUUACAACUCUUCGAAGCAAGUCAGUGCUACUCUUCAGCACCUCCAAGUGUUAUCAUCUAACGUUGAUGGAAUAAAUCAAGAAGAUGUCGGAGAUAUCACAAAAUAUUUUGAGGGCAUUUCCAAAGCCGGUUUGCAGUUUUCAAAUACUGAUAUUGGGAAUGUUGCAGAAAUUACAAGUCACAUGUCUGAGUAUUUUGCACUGUCAGGACAACAAGAAACAUCAGAAACAACAUAUCAAAAACAAAGUCUCGUCCAAUCACUGACGACCUUGUCAAGAAAGCUUGAAGCAGACGCUACAUCUGGGUUCACUGCAAUUAGUAAAGAUAUCAAUAUCAAGGUACAAGAUGUCCCAGAUGCUGAAAGCUUAUCAACAUCCAUAACGUUCAUCCCUGACUUUUAUUCUGGAAGUUCUGAUGGAAGAAUUGUUUCACCGAUUGAAAUAAAGAUUCCAGGAGAAGCUUUCGCUAAGGCGGCUGCAGCAGUCGCCUCUUCAUCACCAAGAUCAAAACGUGCAACAUCGUCUGUCAGAAUUGUAUCAGUCGGAUAUCGGAACAGCACAUUCUUCCCAUCAAGUAGAGAUACAGACUGGGUAAUAGCAAGCAGUCUUGGAGAUAAAGAAUCAUCUCUAAGCAACAUCAGAUUGAUUGAUCCUGUUGUCAUCACAAACAGAGAAGUCGAUGAAAAACCUGAGAAAGUUCAGAGAGAUGAAUUCAAGACUGACAUCACAAAUCUUGAAUGUGUUUUCUGGGACUUUGACAAACAAUGGUGGUCUCGUGAUGGAUGUUGUCUGAUACCUGGGGAUCCACCUGAAUGUCACUGCAACCAUCUGACUAAUUUUGCUCUUCUGGUGAGCAAGGAUGAGAUUGGGUCGAACAUAGCGAUAACAAUCGUAACAUACGUUGGAUGCGGGUUGUCAGCAAUAUGUCUGAUCUGUACUGUGCUAGUUGUCGGAUUCUCAAAGCGACUCAGAAGAAAACAGCCAAUGCAAGUGAUCAUGAACAUAUGUGGAUGCCUGGCUGUUUCAUUCCUUCUUUUCAUGUUUGGAGUUGACGCCGCUAAUGAUGAGAUCAGGUGUUCGAUACUCGCCGCCCUCUUGCAUUAUGCUUUAUUAGCGGCAUGGUUCUGGAUGGCGAUCUAUAGCCACACUGUAUAUAGGGAUGUGGUAAAGGUGAUGGAAACCAGAGGUCAACGUUACAAUAUGUUUGCUGCAGCAGUAGUUGCAUAUGGAAUCCCCGCGCUGAUUGUCGCCUUGAACGCUGGGAUUACACUCGGGCAUAUUGACAAGCAGUACACAACAUAUGCUUGCGAUGGAGGCGAUCCUUUUAUCGACUCAUCCUACAACGCUCGUAACUUCUGUUGGCUGCAGAACAAUUCCUUAUACUUUGGAUUCCUUCUUCCAGUUGGAUUGUUACUCGUUUAUAACAUUGUUGUAUAUUGUAUAGUAAUACCUAAAAUAACAUGUUUCAAAAAGCAGGUGGGAUCAUCAGCGUCACCUAAAAGUACGAAGCGAAAUGUGACAAUAUCACUUGUCAUGGCAACAACAGUUGGACUGUCAUGGGUGAUCGGUUACUUUAUGCUACUUUCCGAUAAUCAAACUUAUUUGCAAGUUAUGAGUUGGCUGUUCGCUGUAGCAAAUGCAUUUCAGGGAGUCUUUAUCUUUGUUUUCACCAUUGUACGGACGGGAGAAAUUCAAAAACUAUUUUGUACCAAACGCAAUAAAUUUAAUACAGAGAGGAAUAAGACAGCAUCAACAACUUCUACUGGACUCAGUCCUAUGCCUUCUCCACUGCCUAAAGAUAUCUGAAAGGAGAAUAUCGCUUUGAGUUACUAUAGCAUGGAUUGUUUUCGUUCUUUGAAGCGAUUAGGAUAGAACGUAUUUAUCUCGGGGAGAGGAAAGCUGACAAAACGGCAUAACAACGGCCUCUCGUCCAGUUACCAGUGAAUGUCCAGCUGUUGCAUAAAUCACCAAACAAUGAUAAGUCAAACAAUUUCCUUGGAUUCGAAUCUGUGAAACAUUGUUUGGUAAUCAUUGGCAAUGGCAAGCCACACAUUAACAAAAUGCGCCACCCACCGAGACAUUUAGAAUUCACAUAAGUGAUAUUUUUGGACCGCUCUAAAGAUUUUUUGGGGCUCCCGAAGUAUGCGAACCAAGAUGGCGGACAUCGGAAUGUAAUAUGUGUAA